CUAACUCCGUCGAUUUUGAAUGCUCAUGGUGUGACGAUGCCCGAAGAGAGCAGAGGUGUUGAGGAGGACCGAGUGUUGAACUUCAGAGGAGCACAAUGAUAGAACCGACCGAUGUCACUUUGACUGUCCGGGAGAGUGAUUCCAUCGAAGCUUCGAAGGAACAGCUCUUUGGGGAUGAUGAGGACCUAACUGACCUUGCUCCAAAACCCGAAGUCAUUGGAGCACAAUCUGGUGAAGAUCCGUCCACCUCCACACAGGAAAGUAAAGAGAUCGAGGACAUCUUGGAGGUGGGAACCUCUGAGGCCAGAGACAAGAGUGGCAGUAAAAAGAGAGCUGCAAAGAAAAAGUCCAAGAAGAAUGUUGCUGUCCAAGUGAGCCUUGACACGUGGCAGAACGGCAUACGGUUUUGAACUCGACUGAUAACCGAUCAACAGGACCCUGGAGAAACUGCGGAUGCCCGAGAUGUUUU